AUGAGCGUCGCAAAUACCAAGUUGAAAGCAGCGAUUCUAGUCGUCUCAGAGACAGCCUCGAAAGACCCCUCGACAGACAAAUGCAUUCCUACACUAAAGGAGGUCUUUGAGACUCUCGGAAAUGGCCAAUGGGAUGUUAGCCAGGCUGAGAUCGUACCCGAUAGUGUCCUCGCUAUCCAAAGGGCAAUCCGAACCUGGACAGACGGGGAGAAUCCAACCAACUUGGUUGUAACGAGUGGAGGAACUGGAUUCGCGACGAAAGAUGUGACUCCUGAGGUACGAUUUGUCGUCAUGUCCAGCUCGAAAUCACAUUAA